AAUCUUUGCUACUCGGCUCGCACAGCUCGCCUCGUGUGUUCGCGCAUCACGUCCGUGUACUCCCCCGCGUGCUUGCUCGCGCAGUGUCUUCGGCCCACUGCCAUCCUCCAGGCCCAUCUGCAUGCGCGCCAUGUUCGUACGCCUCGAGAAACCAUGGUUCAUGCGGCCUCUCCACAUGCAUCUCUUUGUGCUCGUGCGAGUUCCUCUUGCGCGUACCCGCUCCAUGUGAGACUCUCGUAGGUUGCUUCGCUUUUGUAUUGACCCGUCUCGCGCUUGUACGCCACGUAUUCGAGCCCGCAAACGUCUUUUUGGCCAUGCAUGCGUGGUUUUGGCCGUUUUUUUUGCCUUCUCGGAUCGUCUCGGCCAUCGGCUCACGGCGUGCUCGAGCCUCAAAAGCCACUUCCGUAUCAUUCCUCUCCCCUUCGAAUGAGUCCUUGUCCUCAUGGACUCGUCAUCGACUAUCAAUUGGUGCGUCACUAUCUCUUCCGCAUCGUCCUCCAUGUGCGUCCCGUCAUCAUGGCCUUCUUCGACCACGACCAAAAUCUCCUCAUCGUCCUCGGUUACCUCGACCUUUGCUACCUCGACUACUUCGACGUCCAAGAAUGUAUCGUCAAUCUUUGCUACUCGGCUUGCACGGCUCGCCUCGUGUGUUCGCGCAUCACAUCUGUGUACUCCCCCGCGUGCUUGCUUGCGCAGUGUCUUCGGCCCGCUGCCAUCCUACAGGCCCAUCUGCAUGCGCGCCAUGUUCGUACACCUCGAGAAACCAUGGUUCAUGCGGCCUCUCUACAUGCAUCUCUUUGUACUUGUGCGAGUUCCCCUUGCGCGUACCCGCUGUUGGAACCCACCAGGAUCUCGAUAUGCACAAAUCACGGACAAACAUUCAACAUAAACCUAUGCGCAGCGGAACUAAAG